AUGGACAACAUGGAUAGCUCAAGUGUUGCACGUGGCAGGGGGAAAAACAAAAGAAAGUGGACAACAAUGGAGGACGAUGAGCUAGUCAAUGCUCUCUAUGAUCUGUCAUUGGAUCCACGGUGGAAAGGUGAUAAUGGUUUCAAGAAUGGGUAUUCCUCAAUGCUGGAAAGUAGGUUGGCUAAAAAGGUACCUGGUUGUGGUCUUAGUGCUGCCCCACACAUUGAGUCAAGGGUGAGAUACUUUAGGACCAAGUAUGGAGCAAUUGAAGUUAUGCUUAAAAGAAGUGGGUUUUCUUGGGAUGAGAAUAGGAAAAUGAUCCAGUGUGAAAAGCAAUCAUACGAGGAACAUUGUAAGCUUCACAAUGAGGCCAAGGGCUUGUAUGGUGUGCCGUUCCCUUAUUUUGAUAAGUUGGCUGCAAUUUAUAGCAAAGAUAUAGCUACUGGGGAGGGUGCGGAAGGUUUUGGCGAAGCUAUAACAAAUUUGCAGAAUGAGAUUGUCAUUGAGGAUGAGAUGAAUGAUGAAGAGGAAGAUGACAGAACGUCAAGAGAGACACCUAGACGGUCUGUUGACAGCCAUGUCACCGCUGAUUCUACAAACUCUAAGAAGAGAAAGAAAGGUAACUGGUCUCGUAGGUCAGAAUCAACGGAUCCUUUUCUCACCAUGUUUGGAGAUGUAAACAGCCAGCUGAAGAGUGUCACUCAGAAUGUUGGCCAAAUGGCAGCAACAAUGGAACGUGAAGCUAUUGCCCAAGAGAAAGCAAUGGAGGAAGAUCCUAGACAGAAGUUUAAAGAGAAAGCUAUCAAUGAAUUAUCAAGGCUUGGAUUCACUGGGACUGAAAUCGUGAAUGCUGCCAGCAUAUUUGCCAAAGCUCCAGAAGAAAUGCAUAUGAUGCUUGCACUCCCGCAGAAUCUGAGGAGGGAGUAUGUUAAGAAAACGCUUGGUAAGUUAAAUUCAUGCACUAUCUGA